UGCUGUUUGAGGAGAGGGCUCCGUGCUCGUUAAUGGCCUGAGCCCGGAGCGCCUCCUGGCGGGGAGAGGGUUCUGGGCUCGGCCUUAGGCCCGAACCCAGAAUAACCCCCCAAAAGAUUGCAAUACUGACAUCUGACAGCAGCUGGGAACAGUGUAGGUGCCCCCCAAAAAAGCGGAAUAUGAAAUGGUGGUAAACGGGGCUCCUGCGGGAGCAGGGGGAACAUCAAUGCUGUGGCAGUGGCGAAUUUGUGAAAGGUGGGGCUCCUGCGGGAGCAGUACAGACAACACUGCUGCGGCAUUUGAGAAAUUGUGAAAAUGAGGGCUCCUGCAGGAGCAGAGGAAACAUCACUGCUGUGGCAGUGGAGAAUUUGUGAAAUGUAGGGCUCCUGCAGGAGCAGAGGAGACAGUACUGCGAUGGCAGUAGAGAUUAGUGGAAAGCAGGGCUCCUGUGGGAGCAGAGGAAAUGGCACCGCUGUGAAAAUAGGGUUCCUGCGAGGGCAGAAGAAACAUGUGGGGCUCCUGCAGGAGCAGAGGAGACAAUACUGCGAUGGCAGUGGAGGUUAGUGAAAGCAGGGCUCCUGCGGGAGCAGAGGAAACAACACCACUGCGGCGGUGGAAAACAUGGCUCCUGCGGGAGCAGAGGAUACAACACCGCUGCGGUGGUGGAAAACAGGGCUCCUGCGGGAGCAGAGGAAACGUCACUGCUGCGGCAGUGGAGAGUAGAGCUUCUGCGGAAGCAGGGGAAACAUCACUGCUAUUGCAGUGGGGAUUAGUAAAAGCAGGGCUCCUGCGAGAGCAGAGAAAAUGACACCGCUGCAGCAAUGGAGAACAGAUCUCCUGCGGGAGAUGGUAAAAACACCACUACUGUGGCAGUGGAUUUUAGUAAACAGCUGGCUCCUGCGGGAGCAGCGGGAAAAUCAAUGUUAUGGCAGUGGAGAUAGUCUUGUUUGGGUUGUCCUGGAGCUGGUGGGAUCCGCUGAUGAGGGUUCGUUGGGUUUCUCUGAUGUGGGAGCGGUUUGAUGUGAGAACAGAGGAAAACAUCACUGCUGUAGCAGUGGAGAAAUUGUGGAAACCACUUCCAUAGCAGUGGGGGUUAGUAGAGUGCAGGGAAAAAAGGGGGCUCCUGUGGGAGCAGAGAAAUGUCACUGCUGCAGCAGUGGAUAAAGUCUGAUAGUUUAUAUGGUCUUGGAGUUGGUGGGAUCCGCUGAUGAAGGUUCGUUGAGCUUCUCUGAUGUGGGAGCAAUUUGAUCGAAUGUAGGUUUUGGAGAAGAGGUCUGCUGGGAAGCAAGAUAGGAGUAGGACAGAUUUAAGGUGUUUUGGAACCGGAAGCGUGUAACCAGGCGAUUUGAGUCAUCUAUGAAGAGUGGGUUUGAUGUGGAUCUAGCCUGGGAGUCUCUGGAAUGUAGGUAUGCUAGGAGAGUCUGGCAUGGUUGAAUUGGUGUUUGGAAGUUGAAGAUAUAAAUGGAAUGGCCUUUUCUCAUUUGGUCCGUCUUGCUUUGUUUGAUGGAAUAAGAAAUGGUAUCAUUGUCCAGAAGUGAUAGAUCUGAAACUGUUGGGUGAUUAUUUGGAUUGAAGUUGCAAGUGAUGGCCAGAAUGAACAUUGCGUAGAGUAUGAGGGCGGUGUUAGUGGAGUGGUAAACUCGACAGAGGGUGGAGAUGCAUAUGGUGAGUAUUUCUAAAGUUACUGGCUGUCUUGCAUCAGGACAGGUGGGGUGGGUUCUUUUGAUUCCUAACGAGCGUGGAUGUCUUGAAGUUCUUUCAAGGGGUUAGGUAGGUUUGUAGGGUUCUGGGGGAUACAUCUUGGAGGAUGGUAUCUAAAAAGGCAUUUGAGGUGGGGGUUUCAAGUGAAGAUGCACUAUUCCAAUUUCCUUGGCCAAUUCAGAAUUUCGGUUUUACUUUAAUUGUGACAUGCCGAUACAGGUUUUGGCCGAUACCAAUUUUAUUUCUAAGAACUAUAAUUGAUGGCAAUAGGCUACAAACAAAAUCCGCUUCUUUAAUAGAACAUUAUUUAUCAAUAAAUAAUUUAUUUAAAAUUGCACUUUCAUCCAUGUUGAAUUAAAUGACAUGAUCUUUUAUUUGAAAAGAUAUCAAAUAAAGUGCUUUUAAGUUUAGUCAGGCUCAGUGACGUUAUUUAUCAACGGCAUUAAAUGUCCAAAUAUCAGUUGGACAGCUGUGGUUAGAAGUAUAGUUCCUAGUUCCUAGUAUAACAUGUAGACUUGGGAAAAUCAUGCUUUUAAACAAAAUAAGAAAGCAGCAUGCAGUGCCUUCUACAAACGUAAUCUAAAUAUAUACAAAGUCUGUUUCAUGUCUUUUAGGUUGUAAACAGAAUUGAAGAGCUGUUCUUGGAAAACUGCGCAGAACUACGAGCUUUAAGACCAUGGGGAAUCCCUGGAAUGAGUGACGUAGAAGGAAACUUGCGAAUGAAAGACGAAUCUUGGUUUUAAACAACAGAGAACUAAAACAUGCCAACAAAAGCAGUCUUUAGAUGUGAUGUAUGUAGUUUACAGCAAUAAGAUGAAAUUAAAUCGAUCUGGACGGAUUAAUUUGUCUUGACAUCAUUUACUUUAUUGUUGAGCCAACAUAGUUCAGCGACGGAUGUGCGACAAAAUUGCUAUGUUUUCGGGAAAUAGUCAUGACAAGCCAGCUGGCCUCUCCAACUAUGCACGGCAUGGUGGUUCAGCAGUGCGUUAUGCCGUUGCUCGGGAAAAGCACCCCUGAGCAGGGUCCCGUACACGAGCCAGAGGAACAACAUCAAUGUGUCACCUGCAGAUGCAGGGCAGGAAUUAAUAUAGGCUCGGGUUGUGUUCCUUAUGUAAAACAAUCGCGUUUCCCAGUAUGGAAUUAAAUCAAUGUAGCUGUUGGAUAACAGGAGCUGCUUCCAAUGCCAGUGCAUGUGGGUUUGAAGUUAUUUCUUGCAUAACUGGCAACAUGAUGUAAGUUACGAAUGAAUGUGUGCUGUGUAUGUAUGUCAUACCGGCUUGAUUUAUAAUUAUACAAAAAGCAAGGGGGAAAGGUAGGGGCGUCUGGGCAUGCGCUGCUAGCGGAGGCAGCCUCGUGCGCGAGCCCGAUGGUGGAGCCACAGGCCACAGACAGGGGAAAGGGUUAGAAAUUAGACGGAAAGGCUUGUGAAGGCAAGGCUAUAACGCCGCUGGCGGAAAAAUACUUGAGCUGGAUGGGAAACCUGGAUCGCUGGGAUAUGUUGCAUCAUGCAGUGCCUGGCAGGCUGCUUUGCGGCGAUCUUCGGAGCGAAAAGAUUGAGGCUUAACGGCAGAAUCUGGAUCACAACUUGGACAGGCUGAAGGCCUGCUGGUGCGGUCUUACGAAACCGCUAUUGCGAGGAUGGAAAACCUUUUGGUGAGUAGAGAUGUAGCUUUGUGAUCUUUCCUUGUUUAGUUUGUGGUUUUGCGGCGGGGUGUGGAUUUUGUAGAUGGAAGAGUUGGUUGGAGAGAGAUGUGAAGAUUGUGGAACAACUUAGAGAAGAUGUUGGCGUUGGUUGAUGUUUGUCUUAAGUUUAAGCAAUGUCCAAUUCAUGCUGAAACUAUCAAGGAAUGAGGGUGAGUUGAUUACCAGUCUAUAUAGGUUUCUGUUGAUGCCAAUCAGGUGAACACUUAAUUGCCGAUUGUCGACAGCUUGGUCAUAAUUACAAGGUAAUUAGGUUAAUUAUUUGAACAUGCUCCUCCUGAACUUUGUUAAUAAAACAUAAUUUAAAGUGCUUUAGAAAUUACCCUUGUAAAAUGAAAAACUAAUUGCAAUAUGAUACACAUACAUCAUGCUCUCCUCUAUGAGAUCACUAGCUACGUAUCAUUCAUCCAUAUUUACUAUAAAAGUAUAGCCACUGCAGAAUUUGUUCAAUCACAUUUUGCAGCUGCAGGUGAGCACAAUCUUUGGGAUGCUUUUUCUUCUAUACACACUCCCACUUUUCCAUCAACUGAAUGCAAAGGCAGAAAACCCCCUUUGUCGAAUAAUGGGAGACCCUAAAUACCCGCUGCUGUCCAGGGAUGGAGACGUAACUAUUGGUGCAAUUUUUCCAGUCCACAGUAAAGAAACCUUACCUUCAUUUGAGUUUACUCAAAAACCUGAGCUUCUGUCAUGCUCCAGUGUGAGUUAUAGAGAUUUCAGGCUGGCUCAAGCCAUGAUUUAUACAAUUGAGGAGAUUAACAGAAAUAAGAGUUUGCUUCCAAAUGUUUCUAUAGGAUACAAAAUAUAUGAUAGUUGUGCUUCAAAACUGUCUUCUAUGAGUGCAAUCAUGGCAGUGAUGAAUGAUCAGGAGUUUGCAGAAGGGGACAGAUGCAAUGGACAGUCUCCUAUACAUGCUAUUAUAGGGGAAACUGAGUCUGCCACCACAGUGAUUUUGUCCAGAACCACAGGACCUUUCAAAAUUCCAGUGAUAAGUCCCUCUUCUGGCUGUGAGUGUCUCAGUAAUAGGAAAGAUUUUCCUUCAUUCUUCAGGACCACGUCUAGUGAUUAUUACCAGGGCAAAGCACUUGCACUCUUGGUCAAGCACUUUGGCUGGACUUGGGUUGGAGCUGUGAACAGUGACAAUGACUAUGGAAACAAUGGAAUGGAUAUUUUUCUGAAUUCAGCCAAGAAGGAUGGGAUUUGUGUAGAGUACUCUGUGAAAUUCUACAGAACAGAGUCUGAAAAACUCCAGAAAGUGGUACAAAUAAUAAAACAGGGUACAGCAAAAGUGAUUGUUGCAUUCGUUUCAUUUUUUGAGAUGGGACUACUAAUAGAUCAAAUGAGUAUUCAGAACAUUACAGGCCUCCAAAUGAUUGGUGUGGUCGGAUGGAUAAGUUCUAAGACUUUGAUCACUCCAAACAGUUUUCAAGUGAUGGGUGGGUCACUGGGGUUUGCAGUGAGAAAAAUCCACAUUGAAGGGUUUUUAGAUUAUGUUAUGAAAGGAUUCUGGGAAACAGCUCUUCCUUGCUCAAAAAGUGAUGUUUCAUCUAAAGUUGCAUUAAAUUGCAGCAGAUAUCAAGAUCUGCUUAUGCUAAGAAAUUACAAUGAAGAUGUGCCUGAACAUAGAUAUGCAAACAAUGUCUACAAAGCAGUCUAUGCUGUGGCUUAUGCACUACACAGUCUGUUGAAGUGCAAAGAACAAGAAGGUUGUGAAAAAGCCCUCACAAUACGACCACAGCAGAUGGUUGAGGCUCUGAAAAAAGUAAAUUUUACAGUAAAUUUUGGAGAUCGUGUGUGCUUUGACAGCAGUGGUGCUGCAGUAGCCCAGUAUGAAGUCGUGAACUGGCAGCAAGCCUCAGAUGGGUCAUUUCAGUUUAAAGCAGUGGGUUACUAUGAUGCUUCACUGCCCCCUGACCAGCGCUUUGUACUUAACACUGAAAACAUAAUCUGGACUGGAGGACAUCAGGAGAAGCCAAGGUCUGUGUGCAGUGAGAGUUGUCCUCCAGGUACCAGGAAGGCCGCACAGAAAGGAAGACCUGUCUGCUGUUAUGACUGUAUUACAUGUGCAGAUGGAGAAAUCAGUAAUGAGACAGAUUCAAAUAACUGCCAGAAGUGUCCAGGGGAAUACUGGUCUAAUACUGAGAACACUGAAUGUGUGUUAAAGGCUGUAGAGUUUCUGUCAUUCACAGAAGUUAUGGGUAUAGUGUUAGUCUUUUUCUCUAUGUUUGGAGUAGGAAUAAGUGUACUGGUGGCCAUCCUGUUGUACAGUAAGAAGAACACUCCCAUAGUAAAAGCCAACAACUCUGAGCUAAGCUUCAUGUUGCUCUUCUCAUUGAUUCUGUGUUUUCUUUGUUCUCUAACUUUCAUUGGUCGCCCCACUGAGUGGUCCUGUAUGUUGCGUCACACAGCAUUUGGGAUCACUUUUGUCCUCUGUAUUUCCUGUGUUCUGGGGAAAACAAUAGUGGUGUUAAUGGCUUUUAGGGCCACACUUCCAGGAAGUAAUGUCAUGAAAUGGUUUGGGCCUGCACAACAGAGACUCAGUGUUCUUGCCUUUACACUUAUACAAGUUCUUAUCUGUGUGCUUUGGCUAACAAUAUCUCCUCCCUUCCCAUAUAAAAAUAUGAAAUAUUAUAAGGAGAAAAUCAUUCUAGAAUGCAGUCUGGGUUCUACUUUUGGUUUCUCUGCUGUGUUGGGUUAUAUUGGUCUUUUGGCUCUCAUGUGCUUCAUUCUGGCUUUUCUGGCUCGGACGCUGCCUGAUAGCUUAAAUGAAGCUAAAUUCAUCACAUUCAGUAUGCUCAUAUUCUGUGCUGUAUGGAUCACAUUUAUCCCAUCAUAUGUCAGUUCACCUGGAAAAUUUACUGUAGCUGUGGAGAUAUUUGCUAUUUUAGCAUCAAGCUUUGGUUUACUUUUCUGUAUAUUUGCACCUAAAUGUUACAUCAUUCUGUUUAAGCCUGAGCAAAAUACAAAGCAACAUUUGCUGGGGAAAACACAAACUAAGUGAUCUAAAGAAAGAUUGAGAUCUAAAUGAACACGGUUAAAAUUAACAUUGUAGAUUAAUUAAGAAUAUAAAAAUAUACAGGUUUGUUUUAAUUCACAAAACAUAGAAUUACACACUGUCAGAACAUAUACCACAGUGUAAUGCACAUAUAAAAGCUGCUACAAGCUGCUUAAUUAAUCAAUGUAAAUGUAAUGUUUGAUACAUUUAGACAAAAGUGUGCCCACACGAUUACAUAAAAUAAUUUGCACAUGUUGCCUUCAGUUUGACUCUGUCUAACAUUAA